AUGGCUGAGAAAUACGAUAAAAAUGGAUAUAACAGCAGUGACUUCAAGCGAAAUGCUCCUCAAGAUGCAAAUAUAGACAACGAACAAGAACAAGAUGGCGAUGAUAAUCCUAAAAUAAAUGAAAAAGCCGGUGAAUAUAUGAGAGAAUUACUCAGCGAGAAAAUUAAACUCAAUAAUGCUAAGUUCCCCAUCAUCACGAAACUUAUCGAUCAAGAGGUUAGCAAAGUCCAGACAUCUGGCAGGAUACCUGGCAAGGACUCCAAGUAUCUGGAUGUGUUCCGUGACAAGCCCACCAAGGUGACUGUCAAGGUGCUCGUGCCAGUCAAGGAACAUCCUAAGUUCAACUUCGUUGGCAAGCUACUAGGCCCCAAGGGUAAUACGAUGAAGCACUUGCAGGAAGAGACCAUGUGCAAGAUGGCUGUGCUGGGCAGAGGAUCUAUGCGAGACAGACAAAAAGAAGAGGAACUCCGCAACUCCUUAGACCCUAAGUACGCGCAUCUGACAGACGAGUUGCACGUAGAGAUCAGUGCGUUGGCGCCGCCCGCUGAAGCUCACGCGCGCAUCGCGUACGCACUCGCCGAGGUCAAGAAGUAUCUGGUCCCUGACACCAAUGACAUGAUCUGGCAGACUCAGAUGAGGGACAUUGAGAGAGGAGGCAACGCGGCCGGGCGGCGCGUCCCCAGCUUCAAUUGCACCGUGACCCCGCGCUCGUUCUCGUUCGAGCCCAGCGCCGCUCCAACCACUGCUGCCCCCGCAGGUGCGCCGCGCGGCGCCCGGCCUCCGCCCCGCAUGCCGCCGGCGCCGCCCAUCCCUCGCGCCAUGCCGCCCAAGAACAAGGUUAUCAGCAUCCUAGACCGUGCACGCAACGCUAUGGAGACUUCGUACCCCUACGACGAUGUAUAUGCACAGCCGCCGGAGCCACCGAUUCGUGGCCCAGUCCGGGGUGCAGCUCCGGAGCCGGACUUCUACUACGAGCGUAGUCACGAGCGGUACUACGAGGAUGACAGCUACGGGUACAAGGAGGACAACCGCGACUACAAGUCGGCCCGCGCCGUGGGCACGCGGCGCCAGGCUCCCAUGCAGGCGCAGCAUCACGCGCCGCGCCACUACGUGCGCCCCGAGCCCUACGCGCGCCCGCCCAAGACUGUCAAAAAGCGCUCCCAUUAG